AUGGCGCAACAGCCUGUCGACCUCAAAGCAGUACGUGAGCAUUUUAACGCACUGAAGUCUACAUCAAAAGCCUUCGUAGACAUCUGGGAUUCGAAAGUGUCGCCGAACUUCGAUCAAGAUCUAAGAGAUAUUGUCGGAUAUGAUUGCGGCUACGUACUCGGGAACCACCCUGGCAAGGACAGCGGCACCAGAGUUGUCGAGGUUAUGACGCCCAAGGAGCUUCCUGGAGACACCAGUAACAAGAUCCGGAGCAAGAUCUUGUUGUAUUUUGCGGAAUCCAAAGAGCUUCAGGACACAAUCACGGUCGAGUUUUGCAUCGGGCAUGUCGGGAGUGCUGCAGGCGCAUUCGCUUCGAGUCAGGACGCAGAUAACGAGCUGAAGAAGCCUCGAAACUGUCGCAAGCACAGCGAGAGACUGCUUGGGGAUUCUGUCAGCUUUGAAGAGAGCGAUUGCGCCGCAACCCUUGGACCAGCUAUCAGACUCGGCGGCUGUAAUGGCUGGAUUGUCAACUGGCAUAUGUUCCAUGGUAUUGAGAAUUGGAAAGAGCUGGAUAAUCCGUACCCGGUGCCGCGCUACGGUUUGUUCCACCCAGCCUACAUUGAUUGCAACGAGGACGAGGGACCACUACAGAUUGGGGAGCUUCAGGCUUACUCAGGACGGAUGUACAGAACAACUCGUCCAUCGAGAUCUCUAAGCCAUUUUGCGCCAAGUGUUCAGGGAGAAUGCAAGCCAACUACGCAAGUAGUUACGGAUUGGGCCUUUUGCAAAGCCGAGAAAAAUGAAGUUCAGAACUGUCUUCGAUAUGCACCAUCGGGUAUCGAGGUUGAUGAUCGUUCGGACCCAAUCCCAGGAGCCUUUGUGCAACGCCCCCAACUGCAGAUUGUCCAGACAACUGGCCGAAGUAGUGGAUUUCGAUAUGCUGUGGUAUGCGAGACACCUGCCAAAGUCCGCCAAUACCCACAUAUGCCUACCCGGGAAUGGUGUUUGAUGAACCUUGGAGAUCUCAUGCUGGUCGAAGACUGGAAUUCCGAGGGUCCCGGCGUGUGCGGUGACUCGGGUGCGGCCGUAGUGCACGAUGAGACGGGAGAACUGAUCGGCCAAAUAUGGGGUCGAAAUGUUUACGAAGGUCACCGGCAAACUCCCAGGGUGACAUACUUCACACAUCACUGGGACAUUUUCGACGAUAUCAGUGAGAGAUAUCCCACUUUGGAGGGCCCCUCCCUCAUCCUCUCGAAUAGAGCGAAUGUAGGAGAUGGAGCUCCCAACCCUUCGAAUGUGGAGGCCGACGAGAGGACUUUAAAUCCAUCGCGACCGCGGAGCCGGGCAUGUUCGUCCACGGGUGGUGCCGAUGGAGUAGUUGAAUCCUUCUCUCAGUCAACUCUAGCACAGAGUGUGACCAAUUCGAUAGGAUCUGGUGAAGGCAAGGCAAAGAAGACCGAUGUUGGAAAGGCUUUGGAGGGCGAAAUGGGAUGCGGACAUCGAGACUCUCAUUCCCGUAAUGCUGCUAGAAUCUCGGCGGAUGAUGACACCGAUGUACUGGUAAUGCGACGGAGCUCGGCGAUGGUGACAGCUUAA